AUGGAGUAUCUACACAAUGAUUACCAUGAAACCGUUAUGCAUUGCGACUUAAAGCCAAGCAAUGUGCUCUUUGACGAGGACAUGAUUGCACAUGUCGCAAAUUUUGGCACUGCAAGGCUACUAGAAGUUGAUGAUGGAUUUGCGUUCGCCAUGAGCAUGUGUGGCACAACUGGGUACAUGUCACCAGAGUAUGGGUUGUAUGGGAAAGUGUCACUAAACAACAAUGUGUUUACUUAUGAGAUCAUGCUCCUUGAAGUCUUUAGUGGAAAGAGGUCGGCAUAUGCUAUGUUUGUUGGAGAAUUGAGCCUAGAUGGUGGGUUCACUAGUUGUUUCAGGCAGAUCAGCUUGCUCAUGCUGUGGAUAGACGACUACUCAAUGCUCCGACAUGGGCAUUGA